UGACUUCUCUUCAAAAAUGUACCACGAAUUUAUGUUAAUGUUUUACAAGGACAUGGACUUCAUGGGUAAUGUUUACAGUGUCUGUCACAACUUUUCCUUCUAUGCUCCGGCAAACCUAGAAGAAGCCAAAAAGUUCUCAGUUGAAGACUUUCUGGAAGCCAUACUCAUUCAAGUGGGAACCUGGAAGCACACCCUGCAGUACCUAGUGACUGAGCUCAGGGCUAUGCCGGGAGCCCCUAAUGAAAUUCUGUCAAGAGCCCAAGGCAUUGAAGCUGAAAACAGAGAGCUUCUGGAAGUCAUCCGACUGGUAGCCAUGAAGGUUGAUCCCGGAAUCGAAGAGAAUGACUACAGCGUCUACACCGAGAUUUCGUACUUGCAGGAAGUGGAUGAAGAAUCUCAAUUUUUUGCUGUUUUUAAAUUGUAUGACUGCCUGGGGGUUGACACAUAUUCACUUGAACUUUAUCUCAAGUUUCUGAGGUGUAGGCUUAUUCCUGACAAAAUAUGCAACUCCUUAGGGCUUAGAGAUGGUAUUUGAUGAUCCUUUCUUUUGAAGAUUUGUUUAUAUACUGUUUGAAGGCAUGCUUCA